ACAUUUGUUCGGGAACUGAUGGUAUUGGAGGUCCUGGAACAACACAAGUCAGUGAUUACUGUACUUGAGACACAUGCCUCGCUUCUCUUGGAUUCCAUGGGCCAAAAUAUUGCCAUCGAAGUUGAAACAUUACGACUACUCCAAUACCGUCUGCAGAAGACCGAAGACUUGAUUUCCUUCUUCAAAGAAUCUUCAGCGGCAUUGUAUCUCGCUGAAUUUAACAAGGACGCCUUCACUAAUCGUACAGUAAACGGAAUGCCACAACCGCAAUCCCCUGCCUCUUCUCCCAAUACUGCACAAUCUCCACGACCAGCGAGAGCUGCAGAGCCCACCGUCGAUGCCAGCGGUCUGUUUUCGGUUGAUACAAAUCCCACUCCCCUAGAACGCCUCUACCAAAGCAGAACUACCGGGAGGGAAGCACUUGGGCAGGAGUCGAAGAGAAAGGCCUCUGAUCUAGAUAUUCCACUUGAAACACUUGACUUCUUGGACCACCAACACAAUAACAAGCGAACUCGGAACCGGGGCGAUGAUGAUAUAGAUAUACCGGAAGUAGACGACUCCUUUGAGCGAGAAGUGGAAGCCAGGCUCAAAUCAAAAGAGGAGCGCAAAAGAUCACAAGAUAAUAAGAAGCGCAAGAGAGAAAGUGAUACAUCACCAACAACAACUCCAGCAAAUGUCAAAGGUGCCAAAACCAAGAGGCAAAGACGACAA